AUGCGUUGUCAGCAAUGCACUACGAAGGAACAACACGAGCAAUUUCAUCAAAGGUCAACUACGUUGAGGUUCAAUGCUAUAGGAGGAUGGUCUAAGUCGGUGAACCGUCUCAAGGAUGGCGAUUUCCACUGCUUGUGUGGUGAAUUCCACAGUCGGAGACCUGAUGAAAUACGAAAUCAUGCAAACUCUUGUAUCAACGUACCAAAUCGCCUACGACCUUCCUCACGACGUUCGAAAAGAAUUGCUCGCCGUAGUGCAGCUGCUCCUUAUCCUCCUCGUACGCCUUCGCCUCAACAAACACAAGUUGGUGGUCCUCGUGCUGAAGCGAGUAGUAGUACAGGCUCAUCGCAGCAGCAACAACAACAACAAGCUGGGACACCUCCUGCUCAAACCAGUGGAUCAGCUUCAUCGCAACAAUCAACACCACCACCACCACAAGAAUCAAGUUCGGCCACUGAAACAAAUCGACCCGUUUCAUCGCAACCACUACCACAACAACAACAAGAGCGCUUUUCUUCUGCUGAAGCAAGUGGCUCUAGUACAACAUUGCAUGCUCCCAUACCACCACAACAAGAAGAAGCUUUAUCCUAUGAUGGGGAUGGUGAAUUAAGCAGCCAUGGCUCUUUUGAUACUGCAUACGAAGGUGAAGCUGUUCCUACGCCACCCCUUCACACGCCACCCCCUCAAGUCCCUCCAUUGACUGAGGAAGGACAAGCUGAAGUAGCCCGUAUCAGAGAAAUGCUUGUCCAAUUGAUCACUUCAGACUAUCGUAGAGUGGAGGAUCUUCCUGAAGAGGAUGUGAUGGUAUCAUUUGACGUACGACUUGAGGGAUUAAGAACACCUGCUCUACGAAGCACUCUUGAUGUCACCCGACAUGGCACCAAUGUUGACACUUUGGCGAGGAUGAUCUAUGGUAUUGUGGAUGGCGUUCCUGGUGGCACUCUCCAAAAUCUUCGUAUCCGUUAUUAUCCUUCGCAUUGCUUAAUCAAUUAG